UCGUGGAUAUACAUGUACUUAUAUUCACACACAAUAUUGAGCUAUCACAGAAGAAUCUUGGAGUGUUUCGUAAUUUCAUCCAGACAAACUGCAUUUUUCAAUGUCGUGCAAUGUUGCCAUUUGUUUGAACAAGUAGAUGGUCAUCGCUCUGUGUGUCACAGGCUCAUGGCUGCAGCCAGAUGGUUCAACGAGUGCGUACAGAGAUGGAGGGAGGUGGUUCCUGUCUCUCCAGUUGGCAGAGCAGAAGAGUCGAGCCCUAGGGCAGUAGCUGGGGAGCCCCUGUGGCAGCUUCCACCUUGACCACAAGGAUGCUCGAAUGUCCCAGUGUUAUGAUUCGGAGUGCGAGAAAAGACCACCUAGAAACCGAAUUGGGUCAGACUGUGAGCCAUUACUGGCCAGGACUACUUCUGCCCCGCAGAGCGGCAGGCACAGAAAAGUAGGGAUGAGCUAGGGAAAACCGGCCCCUUUUAAACGCAAAAACCACACUCUGAAAAAAUUAUCUAAUUGUUCAAGCACGGUCACAGGGGGCUUACGUGACGAGAGGCACAUAAGUGAGGGUUUUGUUUUCUACAUUUUAUCAUGUUCCUUCCAGAUGGUAGGAGCUCCGACCGGCCUUGCGCCCCCGUGCCGCAAGCUAUUUGCAGACGCAGAUAGCGUCAGUUAGCCUGGGCACUGAGAAAUUUUACGACCUGCAGCUGGCAAGAUAGGCAUUCAGUUACAAGUGGAUUGUUUUGCUUUCUUCUUAUAACAAUUUAAGUUUCCCACCGGCACAAGCCACCAGAAGCUUUGGCCUCAACACCUGUGGAUGGUCCCUAGGCCCUAACACCGGAGGUGGCUCUCGGGGGCGCAGGCUGAGGGACUCUGCUUGUCCCCGAAAAACAGCCUCCUAGAGCCCAGGAUCUUCUCAGGUCUGCGUACGCUUUCAAGUUCCACCGCCUCCCAGUGAGUCGGUGGCCCCAGGGGCCGCAGCUUAUUCCUCAGGUAGAAGCUUGUCGUCCCCUCUCGCGUGUUGGUUCCCGCCGGAUCUCUCCGCCGCGCGAGGCUGGACCGCCCGGGUCGUGACCCAACGCUCAUCGCUGAGGACUGUGAGGAGAGAGGCCAAGGCCCAGCGCAUGGUGGGCCAGCCCCGCUACUGAGGAAAUGAAAAGUGAAGGAGCCACCUUCAGAACCGGAAAAAAGCUUUUUUCAGUCAGCUUCCUUCGGUUCUGAGGAGCCCGCGCCACGCGGCGUGCGCGCGCGCCAGGAGGUGGCGGCCGCCAGGCCCUCAGCCUUCCCGGCAGCCUCCGCGCAGCGCUGCCCGUAUAAAAGUCGGGGCGGCUUUUGUCUUUUCUCACUUUGUUCCUGUCAGGCCGCUCCGCCCCGUGCCUUUACGCCGCCUCCCUCCCUCGACAGGUGUGUCGCUCCCGAGAAAGGCGACCAGACAGGCCGUCCAGGCCCCGGAGCUCCUGGAGGCCCGCGGGCGGCGGGGUGGAAAUGUGGCCGCUGCGGGUCUACACGCGCAAGAAGCGGGCGGGCCAGAAGCUCAACCUGACUCCGACGCCCGACGCGGGCUCCGCGGGGAAGGCAGAGGCCCCGCCUGGCCCGGGCUGGAGGCCCCGCCACUGCCUGAAGCGAGAAGGCAAAGCGCGCGCGCUGCCGAAGAUCGCGGAGACAGUGGAGCGGAGCCGGCGCGGCUCUGGGCUGCUCAGCACACAGUUAAGAGUUACAGAGGAGAAAAGCCUGGAAGAAAAUAGCAGUAAUGAAGAGUCCCAGGAUGAGAAGAUUGCCCUACUGGGUGAGUCAGUGACUGACCUCCAGGUUGACAGUGGUUCAUCAAAUAGUGAGCUAGUAUCAGGAUUAAGUUUGCAGCAUGAUAUUUCCAGUUCUCUCCUGAGCUAUUCAAUCUCAGAAUCUUAUACAGGAUACAAGAGUGGUGAAGAGAGUUUAAGUAGCUUCCCGUCACCUGAAGUGUUCAGAGGAUCAGAUUAUUUAGAUUGGGAGUGUCCCAAGUUAAAAGACCACCUGCAAUGGAAGAAUUCCACUCUUUUGGACACCAGUAAAGCAGUGACAAUAGAGAAGGCACCACAGUUUUCAAAUCUCUCUGCAAUUUUAAGUGCCUCUUCAGAAGAUUAUCAGAAAUGCCAUAAUAAAAUAGUGAUGACAUUAGCAGACCAAAGUAUUUCUCCAAAACCAAAGUGUACUUCAAAUUCAGAAUCAGAUAAUGCAGCUUGUGAAGUUUUACUUGCUGAGAAAACUUGCCCUUCAAUCCCUGCAAAAACAAAGAAAAAACCUGAAAAAGAUUCUGAACAUAGAGAUACAAAUUUCCAAACAGAAUUAAACUCUCAUCUAAAAACCAAGAUUUCAUCAUCUUACCAUAGGUCUGCUCUUGAAAGCAGUGCAGGUAGACCAGUUACGGACACUCUGCUACCCCAACCCCUGGAACCUGCAUUGAAAACAAAUUCCAAUACUCAUGAGACGAAAAAUAGAGGCCUAUUAACAAGCACCCCAUCUUCAGAGGCAGCUGGUUUUGUGCUUGAUUUGUCCUCAGUGCAGAAAACCUCUUCUGAAGAACUAUUUCCAAAUGUCAGCAAUUAUGUUAAUUCAAAUGAAAUUGUUGCUGUGUCAAGUUUGCAAGAACAUUCUUCAAAUGAGUUUCCUUCAAAUACAUCAGAAAUAUGUUGUAUUAUUAGAGCAUCACCAGGAACUAGACUAGUGAAAAGUAAAGGUGUUAUUGUAAAGAAGAAGAAAUAUUCUCCUCCUAAAGAUAUUCCUCAAGGAAAAAUGUGUAAUUACUCAGUGGAGCUUUGGAACAUUUUAUGAGUAAGCAGCCAGUGACGGAAUUGAAAUUUAAUAGAUUGUGUGUAACUUCAGCCAAGCACAGUUCACUCUUGACCCUUGUUCUCAUAUCCUCGACAAUGCCUUCCUUGAGCAUCCUCCAAGGCCACAAAGAUCUCUCUUUAUUAAAAAGUUUCUUGAAUACGUAAGUCAAUACCACUUAUU